AUGAAUCCGAGUAGCAGCCCUGUGCUGCACCCGUCGGGCCCUACCGACUCGGUGACAGAGCUUACUGCUGAGAGCAAGGCCGCCGGACGCGCACAUUCGAUGGACCAAGAGAGAGCGCUAGGGCAACCUUCACUACAGCACCAAUAUCCCGACUCGCCGGUGCCGGACCAUCACCCCGAGAACAAGGGGUUGAGUAUGGACUACAGCGAGGAGCAGGAGGAUGAGAAGUCGGAGCCCGAAUAUCUCAAGUCGUGGAAGUUGGCCUUGGUCAUGACGGGUCUGAGUCUGGUGAUUUUCUGCAUGUCUUUGGAUAAUACUAUUUUGGCAACCGCCAUUCCCAAGAUCACAGAUGAAUUCAACUCGUUGACGGAUGUCGGUUGGUAUGGGAGCGCCUACUUGUUGACCAGUUGCGCCCUGGUUCUUCCCUUUGGCAAGCUCUACACUUUCUACUCCACUAAAUGGGUGUACCUGAGUGCCAUCGCUGUCUUUGAGCUUGGAUCGUUGGUCUGUGGUGCCGCACCGAACUCAGUCGCGCUGAUUAUCGGCCGUGCCGUCGCCGGAUUGGGCGGUGCAGGACUGUUCACGGGAUCUAUCCUGGUCAUCUCUCAGACGGUCCCGCUGCAGAAGCGACCGAUCUACACCGGCAUCAUCGGUGGCAUGUACGGCAUCUCCAGUGUUGCCGGACCUCUGAUGGGCGGUGCCUUCACCGACCAUGCCACCUGGAGAUGGUGUUUCUACAUCAAUCUGCCCAUCGGUGCUGUGACGUGGUUCUUCAUCUUCUUCUUCUUCAAGGCACCCAAGUCGGUCAAAGACACUUCGGAUUGGAAGAAUCAGGUGUCGCAACUCGACCUUCCGGGAACCAUUGUCUUUCUACCCGCCAUCGUCUGUGUGCUCCUGGCGCUGCAGUGGGGAGGCACCAAAUACGACUGGGGCAGUGGGCGCGUCGUUGCUCUCUUUGUUGUUUUCGGUGUCCUACUCGGAACCUUCAUCGGUCUGCAGAUAUGGGCGCAAGAUAAAGCGACGGUGCCCCCACGCAUCAUCAAAAACCGGAAUGUCUGGGGAGCCGCCUUCUAUGUCUUCUGUUUGUCGGCGUCGUUCAUGGCCUAUGUGUACUACCUCCCCAUCUGGUUCCAAGCCAUCAAGGGUGUCUCGGCCACCAAGUCAGGAAUCAUGAAUCUCCCCAUGCUGCUCGGAACGGUCAUCCUCUCCCUGCUUUCUGGUGCAAUGAUCUCUUAUUUCGGUUACUAUACGCCUUUCAUGUUGGCCGCAACGGUAAUGAUGUCGAUUGGCGGUGGAUUACUGUCCACUCUCAAAGUCGACUCGGGGCAUGCUGCCUGGAUUGGCUACCAGGCGUUGUACGGGAUCGGUGUCGGUAUGGGAUUGCAGCAACCGAUGAUUGUGGUGCAGACGGCGGUGGAGGCCCAGGAUGUCCCGAGCGCGACCGCCAUUGUGAUGUUCAUGCAAACCCUCGGCGGCGCCCUCUUUGUCUCGGUCACGCAGAACGUGUUCCAGAACCAACUGUUUAAGAAUCUCACUGCCCAGGUGCCCAGUGUCGAUCCAGCGGCCGUAAUGAGGGCCGGAGCCACGAUGCUGCAGCGGUCGGUUUCCAAGGAUGUGCUGCCGGCGGUUUUGUCUGCCUACAGUUCUGCCAUUACUCAGGCAUUCUACGUCGGUGUUGCAUUGGCAGCAGUCUCCUUGUUCGGUGCUUUGCCGAUACAAUGGCUGUCCGUGAAGGGCAAGAAGAUCGAAAUGCAUGCAGGAUGA